AUGCCAAAAUAUGAGCCAAUUGAGGACUUGGCUUAGAAAACAAAAAUGAUGCAUGUAUUAUCGGAAAGUUUAGAUAAAAGAAAUCAUUUAGUUUAUUAUAUAGUUUUAGAUCGAGAGGAAUUAAAUAUGUAUCAUAAGUUAUUCAUCUAUCUUAAUAAUUAUGUUGAAAUAAGAGAAUUGAAAGUUAAUCAGGAGUUAAUACAAGAUAAUUGGGUUUUUUUCUAUUUUUGUUAUUCAUCAAGUUCGUAAAUUUAUAAUAUAUUUCUCUACAUUAAUGGAAAUAGAGAAAAUGUGCAAAUGAUAUAAGGAGGGCCAUAUAAAAUAGAAAAUGAAGGGCUAAAAAUAUACUAAUUAGGAGGUAAUCAAACAAUCCGUUAUUAAAAUACUUUGUUGCAAGAAACAAUAAUUUUUUUGAGUCCUUUUUCAGGAGAAAUAUCAGAUAUGGACUUAAGAAUUGGAACAUUAAAUAUAUAUGAUGAUAUCACUACUUUCUUAUUAAAUAUUGAUGAUGCAAAUUGUGUAAUUUUGUUAUGUAAAAAUGUGAUGACAAAUGAGUUGGUAUUAUAAAAAUAAUAUCUGGGAGACUUUGAUAGAUUGUAAUUAUAUUAUGCUGAUAGUAAAUUUAUGAUUUAUGGAUGGGUUAAAUUAAAUGAAUUAGAAGAUGUAAAAAAUAUAAGUUAAUUUAUUAGUUAUCCACUGUAAAAUCAGUUUUAAUGAGAGCUAGUUUAAGAAGAACUUAUUUUGAUGAUCUUUAUCAAGGUGAUAGAGCUUUUUAUUGGGAAUAUCUGUAAAGCAAUUAAAAUAAUGAAUAAAACGGAUUUUCUGUAACUACUUAUCAUAAUGAUCCAACUAAACCACUUUCUUAAUAUAAAUCUCUUGAUACAGACUCAUGGGUAUUAACAGGAGCAUAAUAUUAAUCAGCUAUUACAUUUUGGCAUUGGUUUGUCUAUUAAGAAGGAGUUAAUGAUGUUAACAAUAUUAGGUUAUCUAUUUAUUUUGGUUAAAGUAAAAAGACUUAAAUUUUAUAAAUGAGACAAAUUCAUUUUGAAAAGUCUUCAUUAUACUUUACAAUAGGUGGUGAUAAGUUCAAUAAGAAUUUUAGAGGAGAAGUUCGUAAUCUAACAUUUUAUUAUUGUUUUACUUAAGAUACACCUAAAACUAAAAGUAAAAUAAUUUAUAUAUUUAUUAACUAGUAUGUCAUUAUAGUUGUAAAAGCUGUUUUGGACCUGAAUAAAGUUAAUGUCUUGAGUGUGAUGAGUCUGAUUCAUAAAAAAGAACAUUAAAUUAAGGAUCUUGUAAAUGUCAAUCAGGAUAUAUUGAUAAUAAAGAUAAAGGAUGCUAACGUAAUUGUUUAUUUUUAAUUAUAAGCUAUAUCUUCACUUGUUACAAUUGAGAUUUAAGAAGCAUUAGAUGUUGAUGAUUCAAAUUGUAAGUUAGGAGAAUUCUUAGUUUUAUUAUAUGGGAAGUCAUAUUGUUUAACAUGUCCUGGUUAAUAUACUGCUUGGAGUUUAAAUUGUGUUGAGUGUAUAGCUGAUCCAUUACAUUGGUAUUUAAAUCCAAUUUGUAAAAGUGAUUACUUUUAACCAUUAUAAGAUGAUAGCAAUUAUGUUUUUUUAGAAACAUAACGUAAUGAGAUAGAUUAUUAAUAUUAUUUGAUAAAUUAAUUUGAUUUAUUGGAAUCACCAAUAGUGGAACUUUGUUCUGGAUGUUCAGGAUAAACAAAUAAUAAUUUUAAUUUUAUUGAAAACUAUUAAUUAAAUAUACUUUCUAGAUUUGCAUGUAAGACUUGUUAUUCUGUUAUUAAUGGUGAAUGCAUUAAUGUUAAUAAAGACUGUAUUCGUUGUGAUAUUUCUGCUAUUUGUUUAGAAUGUUUAAGUAAUUAUACAUUAUAUGAUGGAUAAUGUUAUGAAUGUCCAAAUUAUUGUCCAAAUUGCAAAAAGAAUAAUACAGAUAUUUAUUGUUAGAAUUGUAUAUCUGGUUAUUUUUAUAAUUCUACUUCUGAAUAAUGUAUUUAAUGCGGUUAAUAUUGUUCUGUGUGCAUAUAUAAUGAAAUAUUACCAUAUUUAUAAUGUGUUCGAUGUAUUGAUGAUAAAUAAUAUUUUAUAUCUGCUGACAGAUAAAUGUGUAGAUUGAAAAAUAUAGAACAUUGUGAUAUUUAAGGAGAAGAAUUUAUAAUAUAAGAUACACUUAAUUUUACUAUAAAAGAUAGGAAUAUUCCAUAUGCAUCAACAAUUGAUAUUGAUACCAAUUAUACUACUUAACCUACAUUCUAAGUUUGUAUAUUAUGUGAAGAUUAAUAUGUGAAUAAAUUAGCUUUAUAUUCAUCAAAUGAAUGUGUUCAUGCAAGUGAUACAAUUAAAUUACCAGGUUUAAGAGAUGAACUCAAAUAAUUAGUAUUAGAAUCUUAGAAUUAUUCAUACUAAUUAUCAUUUUCUAAUUGGGCUAGUCCAACCACAAAUUAUACUGUAAUUUAUGGUAAACCAACUAAACUUUGGAUUAGUAAUAAUUCUAAUUUAUCAUCUUAAGUUUAUUACAAUUUUAGUAGUGUUGUACUUUCAAAUAAUUAUAAUUAUGAGGAUCCUACACUAAAAUGUAUAGAUCCACAUUGUAUAGAUUGUAUAAAAAAUUAUAUAUGGUCAUAAGAGUUUUGUAUAAAAUGUCAAAAUGGAUAUUAUUCAAGUGCUUUUACAGGAAUUUGUUAUGUAUGUCCAGAAGAUUGCUAAGAUUGUUUAUAAUAGCAUAUUGUUUAUUAAGAUGCUUGGAAAUGGUAAAUAAUCCCAUAUUAUCAAUAUCGAAGUAAUAUAUUCUUUGGGUUUCAUUACUAUAGUUAUUAUUGCACUUCUACAGAUAAUAAAAUGUAUGAUUAAGUAUGUACUAAAUGUAAAGGCAAAGAUGCUUUAAAGGAUGGUAAAUGUUAUAAACAUUGCAAUUGUGAUGAAUGUAUAUUCUAAAAUGGUUAGAAUAAAUGUUUAAGAUGCAAAGACUCUAAGACAUAUAUAGAUGGUUAAUGUGUAUAAUGUCCUAAUUAUUGUGAUGUUUGUAAACAAUUAACAAAUUCAGAAAUCACUGAAAUUAAUCCAUAUUUUGAUCCAAUUGAUACAUCUUUGUAUAAAUAUGCUAAAUAAUGUUUAAAGAAAUAAAGUAAUCCUCCUGAAAAGGGUUUUAUUUAUCAUGAUUCUAAUUUAGGAUUGGAAGUCAAUUGUUUAAAUGAUGAUUAAUUACCAUGCUAUAAAUAUGCUGAAAAGAUAUUAAAUUUAUAUUGUAGUUAAGAGAGUUUUGAUAUGGAUUUUGUAACAAUUACUAAUGAAAAUGAUAAAUUAAUAUUUCAAGAUUAAAAUAUUCUUUUAAAUGAAAUAUUCUCAUAAUAACCUUCAACACAUUUUCCAAAUUAAGAAAAUGAUUACUUAAUUGAAUUAUUUAAUUAGAAAAGUGUUAAACUUAUGAGAUACAUACUUAAAAUUAAACCAAAUUCUGGAGAAUGUAAAAUUGACAAUAAUACAUUUGUUUAUUCCAAAUUAAGAAAGAAUGUAUUUAUGCUUCAAUCUUUAGAAUUGACUUUUGAAUCAACUCAUGAUAUUCCUAUCUAUUUUGGUAAUAAUGUUACAUUUUAAUAAUUUACUUAAAUUACUUUCAAAAAUAUACUCUUAGAUUCUCUUUCAGGAUCUGUUAAAAUUUAUUUUACAAAUAAUUAAGAUAUAUUAUUUACUUUAAAUUAAAUUAUUGUAUCAAAUGGAAAUAAUUUAAAAUUAUAAUUUAUAAUAGAAAAUCCAAAAUCAAUUGUUCUUAAAUAAGUUACAUUGAAAAAUACAGAACUUGUAAAUGUAGAUGGAUUUAUAAAUUAUUAUUUCACAAAACCUAAAUUAGAUAAUAAAUUGAUUAUUUCUGUAAAUAACCUUGUAAUUUAGAAUUCAUAAAUAAUUAAUUCCCAUUUCUUAAUUCAAAUCUUAAAUACUAAUUAUGGGAAUUAAUAAUUAAUUAUUAAUGAUUUUAAAUCUUUAAAUAAUGAACUUAUUAAUUCAGAGAUUAUAUAUACAGAUUUUUAAAAUUAAAUAAGAUAAUCUGAAAUUAUCAUUGAAAAUUUCCUUUCAGAUGGAGACAAAUUAACAUAUUCAAGUUUCUUUGUAUUAAAUGGAGCUUUAAAUGUAUUAUUCAAUGGAACAACAAUCUAAAAUGGAAAUUAUUAUUAAUAAGCUAUAUUAUUCAAAUUGCCAUUGUUCAUGAUUUACAAUUUUUAUAUCUUGAAUAAUUAUUUUCACAGUUCUGAUAAUCGUGUAUUAACCAAUAUUUUAGAUUCAUUAUAUGCUGAUAAUAUAUAAAAUAAUACAGUUGUAAUGAAAUCUCUUGAUUUUUCAAAAAACUUUUAUGUAGGAAAUAAUGUUUUUAUGGAAUUGAUGAGUAGUGAUAAUUUUAUUAAUUUACAUGUGGAAAUUGAUCAACUAAGUUUAAAUUCAAAUUAAUAUUAAUUUUCUGGUAAAAAUAGAUCACCUAUUACUGCAUCUAAUGCUUCAAUUUAUUUAGAUGUAAAGUAAUUCUUAUUAAAAAAUACAAAGAUCAUUCGUUCAUAUACUUUACCUGAGUUCUCAAUAAAUAAUGCAGAUGUAGUAACAGUAAUUAAUUUUAAUGUUACUUCUAAUAUUAAAUCUCUAUUUAAACCUAUUCAUAUUUAAUCAUCUUGCAUAGGUUCAAAUUUAGAAUAUGGAUAUGGAAGCAUUAUUCAAUUUUACAAUAUUAAAUAUAUCAAUUUUGAACAUUGUGUUUUGUAAAGUUUGAUAUCAUUCAAUUCCCCUUUAUUAAUAAUAAAAUCUUUAGAAAGAACUAAUUUUAGAAUAUAAGAAUUUAUAGAUAUUAUAGAUCAUAUCUAUCUUAAUAAUAGUUUAAUAACAACUAGUUAAUCUGAAUAAUUAGGAAUCUUAAGUAUUAUUUCUGAAUAAGAGUAAAGUAUUAAUCUGAAUAAAAUUACAGCAUAGAAUAAUAUGUUACAUUGUUAUUAAAAUGAUUUAUAAUCAAGAUAAACAUCAACAAUCUUAAUUGUAAAUCCAUAUUCUAAAGUAAUUCUAGAAAAUUCAAUUCUUUCUGAGAAUAUUGUAACUGAAAGUUUUGGCUCCAAUUUAGUAAUAAUGAGUAAAUCUUUAUUAAUAUAAAAUACUCAAUUUUAUGAUUAGAAUAUUUUGAAAUAUAAAAAUUUGAGAAACAGAUUAAUAUGGGGUUAUUCAGAUGAUGAAAAUAUAUAUUUUGAAAAUUUGAAGAAUGAAUUCCCAAUAAAAUCAAAAGGGGGUAAUGCAUUUUUAUCUGCUGAAGACAUCUAAUUAUUGAAUGUUAGUACAAAUAAUUCUAUGGCAUUAUAAGGUGGUGCUUUUUAUUUAUUUACUGUAUCAAAUGGAGUAGUAAAUAUUAUAAAUUCAACAUUUAUUCAAAGUUAAUCUAAUUUAAUAUUCAAUGAUAAAUCUUAAGGGGGUACUUUAUUUGUAGAUGCAUCUUAAUCAAUGUUAUAGUUUUAAUUAUAUAAUUGUUUAAUUUCUGGCAGUUCAAGUAGAAGAGAAGGAGGAGUACUGUUUAUUGAACCUUCUAGAGAUUCAAAUACAAUCAUAUUAGAAUCUAAUAUUGUAAAAGAAAUCUAUUCUCUUUAUUAUUCUUUUCUCAAAUUACCAAUUUAAUUUACAAGUAAGACUCUUAUACUUAAUAUUCAAAUUGUUAAUUUAACAGUAACUAAUUCUGAUUAAGGAUAUUAUUAAUUUUAUGGAUAAGUACUUGAAUUAUCUAAAAAUGAAAUUUUAAGUUAAGGGUAGAAUUCUUUAAUCUCUGUUGAAGGUGGUAAUAUACAUUUAGAAGAUGUGUAUUUUAGUAACAUCUUUUAAUUUGGUAUAAUACAUAUAUAGAAUGCUAAUUAGAUAUCAAUGAUUAAUGUUGGUAUAUAAUAUAUCACAUUAAUAAAUGAUAAUUUAAUAUUAAUUAAUUUGAAUAAAAGUAAAUUAUAUCUUAUAUAUUAUUUAAGAAUAUUAAUCUUCCAUAAAAUUUACAAAUGUUAAAUUAGAAUCUAUUAAUUAAUAUAUCAAAUCAUUAUCAAAACCAGAUAGGCCAUAUAAUUCAUUAAAUGAUUAUAUCUAUAAAUGUUUCAAGAAUUUGAAUGCUCCAAAUUAGAUUUUAGAAUUUUACGAUUCAAAAUAUUUAGAACUUCAAUCAAGUAACAAUAUAUAUAAUAUAAUUACAUCAAAUCCAAAACCUAAAUUUGUAAUUGGAAUUGAUUAAGUAUCUAAAAAUCAUAAAUUGUAUUUUUAUUAAUUGAAGUUAAAUUCAAUUAUUUGUUAAAGUUGUAAUGAAGGAAUCUUCAAAAUUACAAACAUAGAUGAAGUUCAAAAUCAAACAUUAAUUUAAUUUAAAUCAAUAAGUGUAUUUGAUAAUUAAUGUGGAUAAUUAGGUUGCAUAUUUUUAAGUAGUUCAGAUAAAAGUCAAAUAGACUUAUUUUCCUCAGAAACAAAUCAUAGAUAAUUAGCAGAUUCCUCUUAAUUAAGUUAAUUAAUGGCUUUAGUAAUUAAAAUUGAAGACAGUAAAUUUGAUAACAAUUAAGCCUCAUUUGGAGGUGCAUUGUUGAUUUCAGGAGUAAGUACAAAUAUCAAUAAUUGCUAAUUUACAAACAAUUAUGCAAAUAACACUGGUGGAAGUAUAUACUUUGAUUAUAAAACAAAUACAGAGUUUUUAAUUUUUAAUUCUUUAUUUGCAGAUAAUUCAGCAAAUAUUGGUGGAGCUGUGUUUAUAGGAAAUUAUUCCAUUAAUUCACCAUCUAUUUUGAAUAAUGCAUUUUUUAAUAAUAAAGCAUACCUUUUUGGAGAGAAUCAAGCAGAUCAACCAAUUAGAUUAGUAUUAUAAAUUGGAGAUAAAAUUUUAGAAACUGAUAAUUUUAUUUCUGAUAAAAAUAAUAUUACUGAUAUUGUUAAGAUUGACUCUUAUUAAAUUGGAAAAACUGAUUAUAAAUAUAUAAUGAUUCCUAGUGGUCAAAAAAUAAGUGAAUAUUAAAUUUAUGAUGAAACAUAAUAAGCAUUUAUUCCCUAUAAUUUUACAUUUAGAAUUAUUGCAAUUAAUAAAGAAAAUGGACCAGUCAAAGUAUUGGAUGGUAGCAAAUGUACUAUAUAAGGAAGAUAAAUUUUAAAUGAUUUAAAAGGACCAUUUUAUUCUAAUUAUACAAAUUUUCCAGAUGUUAGUUUUAAUUCAACCAGCCAAGAUUAUAAUUUAGACUAAAUGAUUGUUACAUUUGAACCUGAUUUAAAUGCUUUAGGAUAUCUUUAAUUAGAAAUUAUAUGUGAUUCUGUUAAAAUACCUCAGUUUUCUUAAGAUCCUCCAUAUAAAUUCAAGAAUUUCUUUACUAAUUAUAGAUUAUGGAUUAAUUUAUAAACAUUUUAAUGUUAAAGAGGUGAAUAUAAGACAGAUGAUGGAAAAUGUAAGCUGUGUGAUUCAACAUAAGAUUAAUAUACAGUAAUUGCUGGUGAAAGAUGUUAGAUUAAAGAUUAAAUUAGAAUGGAGAAAGUAACUCCAGCAAGAAUUAUGUUAAGGCCAGAAUAUUGGAGACCUUCAGAAAGUAAUGAAAUGAUUGAAUAUUGUUUGAAUUUACCUGAAAAUUGUGUUGGAGGUUGGGAUCCUGGAGAUGAACUUUGUGAUUUUGCUCAUAUUGGAGCUCUUUGUGAAUAAUGUGAUAUUUAUAAUAUUAGAGGUUAAGGAUCAUACUCUAUUAGUUCAUAGUAUAAAUGUGGAAGUUGUAAUGAUAUUGGAGAUAACACAUUAAAAAUUAUAUUAAUUAGUGUUUGGACAAUGAUUUCUAUAUUCUUAUCAGUUAAAGGAACAAUCUAAGGAGUAGAAAAAAUGGUAGCAUAAAGCAAAUUGUUCAGAUUUAAAUCACAUUAAUAUGAUUAAAAAGCAGGACAUGGAGGAGUUUUAAUUAAAGUUUUAACUAAUUAUCUCUAAAUCAUAGGAGCAGUUGCUCUGUUUCAACUCAAAUUACCAAGUGCUUUAUAAUCUACAAUAAGAUCAGUAGGAAAUCCUGUUGAAGCUAUGAGCUUUUCUUUAGAUUGUUUUUUAGCCAAUAUUACAGAUAUCAAUAUCAUAUAUUUUAGAAUGAUUUGGGCCUUGAUUAUGCCUAUCAUUUAUAUUUUGACCUUUAUAUUGUUAUAUGUCUUAGCUGUACUUUUUCAUAUUACUUCAUCUAAUAAAAGUGCUAUAACUACAACUGCAAUCUACUUAUUUACUUACUUAUAGCCUACCUUACUAGGUGGAUUUAUUUCCUUAUUAUCUUUUCGUAGUAUAUCCGGAAUUUAUUGGGUUUAGGGUAAUGUAGCUUAUAAGUAUGUCACUUAAUAACAUAUAAAGUGGGUUACAGGGUUUGUUCUUCCCUCUGCAUUGAUAUUAGGAUUGUUUAUUCCAAUAUAUAUGCUUUUAGGUUUAUAUAGAUAGAGAUUUAAAUUAGAGGAUGAGAAUACAAGAAAAAAUUGGGGUUAUUUGUAUAAUGAAUAUCAGCAUAAGGCUUAUUUUUGGGAAAUAAUUAAGAUCUUUUAAAAAGGAUUUAUGAUUGUUUUUUUAACCUUUUAUGAAGAUUAAAUUAUUAUUAAAGGAGCUUUGAUAUUUAUGAUAGUUUUUGUUUAUUAAUUGUUGACAAAGAAAUUGAAACCAUAUAAAUUAUUAUCAUUAAAUGUUUUAGAUGAAGCAUUGACUUUAGUUUGUGGUACUUCAAUAGUUAUGGGAAUGACAAUCUAUUAAGCUAAUAAAUCAGAUAACCAAGAGAUUAUAUGGCCAUUUUACAUUUUAUUAAUUGUAAUUAAUGCAAUCUUUAUUUUUAUCAUUGUUUGGUAAAUCUUAUGGGCUCAAUUAGAGGACCAUUAAGAUAAAUUGGAUAAAAUUAGGGAUAAAAUCAAUAAAAAAUUCCCUAACUUAGUUAAUAAAAAUAUCUUUUUGAAUAGACUUUUGACAAAUAGAGGUCAAUAAUAAGAAAGAGUUAAGAAAAGAUACUAGAAAAUUAAAACUUAUUUAUUGAACAUUGUUCAUCAACAUCCUGGAUUUUAUAAUUAACCAAUUUAAGCAACUUCACUUAAAGGAGAUGACAAAUUUUCAUCAUCUGAAAUUAUAUUCUACCAUAAUUUUCCAGGAUAUCCUAUGACAUCUAAUAAAAUAUAUCCAGCCUUAAAUUAAGCUUUAAGUUCUAAAAGUUCAUCAUCAAUUAAAUAACAUGAAGAUUUCUGA